CAACGACGCAUCACUUUCGCAUUACUGCUCCAUUGGACUCGGGACGCGCCAAGCCGGUGCUCAGAACGUCGAGGGCACUGCAUUCAGCACCUCGCCGGAGUUUCGUGAUUUGUUUGGCACCCGCCAGCCAGAUCUUGGACCGCGAGUCUUGGGAGACCGCCGCCUGUUUGACAGGAGCAAAACGGCCUCUUUCGGCGCCAAAAGCCCACGGGACGCGUCCAUCUCGUGCACGCUCGUGCCAGCGCACAUUCACCUCAUUUGCGGUGCCCAGCGGACUCCGCUGGCCGUUGCAGUCACCGGCCUGCCUCUUCGUCGCCUUCGCAUCAGCUGGCCGUUUUUCUCCACCUGGGCACACGCCUGCAGAAGAGUUCGAGCCGGGGCCAGCGAUCCGCUACGCUACCCGCUUUUGUGGCUUGACUCGCCCGAGCGCUUGCACCUGCACUUCUAGAUUGAGCUGCAUCCCAAACGCCUCACACACACAUCGACGGCACCACGAGGAACACCCAUUGGCGCGACGCGUUUAUGCAGCGCUGUCAUCAGCUUCAAAGGCAGUGCGAAUAGCUGGAGUCAACUUUGACCUCCGCUGACCCACUGUUUUCGCCGCCCAUGAGCCACGGGUAGUCGCGCCAAGAUCCAAGUUCAGCCACGCAGCUGGGCUACGUACAAUUCCUUCUGGAUGUCUUACAGAGGAGGCUCGAAUUACAGAGGCCCAGCAGAUCGAUCACGCUCACCACCGCGCUUUGGCGACCGAAGAGGCUCCAGUGCUAACGUGUUCGAUGCCCGACAUGCAGGCGUCAAUCCAUUGCGAAAUGGUUCCGACGCGCCGCGCGGACCCAGGUCACAAUUCGAUGGCCCUUCGCGAGGACCACCGCCUGCUGUGCAGACCUCUGCAAAUGCCUCCCGCCCUUCACUGCGAGAUGCGCCGCCUCUAGGGAGCGGUGCCAGACCGUUCCGCGAGCGCGACUAUCCUGAUCGGCGGGAUCGCUCGCCCCCGCCACGCGAGCGCUCGCCGCCAAGAAAAUUCCCCGAACAAAGAGAAUUGCCUCCACGAGAUAUCGACAUUCGCAGUGCACGAAGAGUGUCGCGAGACGGGCCUCCGUCAGCCGGUUCUAAUUAUUCUGACAGCGUUCCCUUCGCAGGGUCUUCUUACCGAGGCGGAUCCGGGUUCCGUGGCCGCGGACGAGGCGAUUUCGACUUCCGAGGCGCGACACGAGGGGGACGGCGAGCUCUGGACGAUCGUGGAGGAGAUUUGUUUCCAGCGCGGAGAGAACGCAGUCCACCUCCGCGUUUCGGUCGUGACUUGUCUCGAGAUGGUAGGGAUGCAGAGCGGAGAGAUGAGCGACGAUUUGAGCGUAGAGAGGACGAAAGGCGGCCAGAUUGGGUGGACAGAGAAAGAGAACGAGAUCGAAUAGAUCUCGAACGUUCAAGACGAGAGCUUCCGCCCGCUCGGCUGGACAGUCGGCCUCCUAGCGACAACACGCCGAGUAUCAACGCUACCUAUUCAGCAACUGCCGCACCGCCGAUCAAUCCCGAGCGAUUAGCCAUUAUUGAGAGCUCUGGAGGUGACACCGGCUUAAGGCGUCCAUCGGCAGCUCCUCCUACGACUGCUACGCAGCGGCGAGAUCUACCUCCGGAGCCCGCAUAUCUUAAUGGACGUGCUGACGCUGCAGCGCAAAGGUAUGGCUCUCGAGGGUCAAGCCCACCGACUCAAGCGCCCCCGGUGCCAGCCUUUAGCUUCUCUAUUGCACCUACCUCUGCAAGCAACCAGCCGCCUCAAUCAUCCAAGCCAUCGGCAGAGUCGCGACCUGCAGGACAGGACUACGCGCACACUCCCGAAGUCACACAGCAGCCCGUAGACGACCGGCCAGCUCCUCCGAGCAAUGCACCUACCGCGCCCAAAGCUGCUCCCCUCGCACCCAAGGCUCAUCAUGCCAGUCCGCCCCCUACAGCGCCCCGGGCUCCUCGUGCACUCGAGCUCGAUGCCGUCAUACCUCCGAGCAAUAGGUUGCAUGGCGUCAGGUCGCUGGACAACAUGCCUGGUUCGAACCGGACUGAACCGCACCAGACUCAUCCUCCUUCUUCAAUGCCUCCCUCACCAGGUGCAACUAGGCAUGCACUACCAAAUUUGGCACAGCCUAUAUCUCCCAACCCACCACAAGCUCCACGCUUUGACAUCUCUGCACCAACAGGGCCAAAGGCAGUACGUCCUCCUGUAGCACCAACUUCGGUAUCUCCACGACCACCAUUCACUUCGCCCCGGUCUGAUAUAGGGGCUUUCCAAUCCACGGCAUCUGCUCGUUCUGGCACACCGCCACCAACCGCACCCUCCGGUCCACGCAGGCAAUCGUUCAGCGUGUCACCCAAAGUGGCCACGUCAACUGUUCCGACCGCUCCCAAAGCCGCUCGGGCAGGUCCGCCUUCCAUGCCACGCAUGGCCCCAGCCCCCGCCACUGCAGUCCCACGCCCGCCAGAAAGGCCUCCAUUCGCGCCAUCUGGUCCGAGAAGCCAACUUCAGUGGAAUCAAUGGCGUCGUCCUCCUCCAGCAGGUCCGUCUCCGUAUCCCGCUGUGCCAGCUAAACGUGAUUUCAAUGGAGAUGAGAAGGAGAGGCAGGAACAAGCUUUGAAUGGGGAUGGGCAGGUCCCCGCAGAUGCGAGACACGAGUCCCAAGAGGGGCAAACAAAAGCGGCAUCAGAGCAUGACAACUUUGCCGUCAAGACGGAAGAUCGAAUGGAUAUCGACCGUGAGCCUACUAAGCGCAAAUCUUCACUAAGCCACAGCCAAGCCACCACGCGUGCUUCGUUCUUUGGUGGAACACUUCCUCGUUCUGAAGAGAACAUCAUUGACAGCAGCGACGAAGAAGAUGAUGAGCUUGACGAGGAUGAAGACGCAACUCUCCUUGAGGCUAAGCAUGCCAGAAGGGAGCGUGAGUUGCGCGCAAAGCUUCACGACCUCUGCGCUCCCCAAUUCCGUGCGACGUCGCCACUGGAGUCAAUUGCUAGAUUGGCACGACUCUCUGCACGUGAUCUUGCACGACUUAACGAGCAACGCGGGGAUCCGAUGGACGUAGAGGAGGACGAUGCGAGGGGCGAUGUGCCUGGCGCUACACUCUCCUCCGGCAGUGACGAGGGACCAGAAGUUACAACACCGCGUGCAGGACAAGAUCUCGAUGUGGCCAUCCGGGAUGCGGAAGAUGAAGCGGACGUGGCCCAUUUGCCCCGCCGGCGAAGUCCUGAGCCCGUGUCUCUACCAUAUCUGAUCAAGUCCGAGGAAGUUCUGCCCUUGCAAGACUGUGAUAUGUUCCAGGAGACCGUGCAAGAGAUUGAGGACGAAGAAGCCGAGGUGGCGGCCGUUCUUCACGAGGAUUUCCAGAUUGAAAGGGACAUUGAGCAAGAUGCAGAGGACGAUUUCGCCGAUGUCUACCUGCAGUGGCGAGAGCAAUGUGAAGAGUUAGACAGGAUCAAGGAACAGCAAGAGAAGCUUGAACGACAGCUAUCGACUGAGCCUGGACCAGUGCCUGAGGCUCCUCUAAUGCCAUUGAUCAAUCCGAUUCUCGAAGGACGCCGCUUACACAAGAAUAGCAGCGAGUACGAGAUUGAGCGAGUUAUUCGAGAAUCUGAAGAGACUGCUCGAAUCGAGCAAGAAAGACAGGAUCGAGAAGCAAAGAAGGUCCAGGCCGACAUGGAGAAAGAAGCGAGGCUUCCAGAUCAAGAGACUCAAGAGAUUCUAGAUCGGGAUGCCCUGGUCAACACCAACAGGCUUCGUGAUCCUGCCAAACUCUUGCGUGUCUUCUCCUACGAGCCACCUCCGGACACGUUCACUGAGCACGAACAAGAGGUGUUCAUCGCAGCCUUCAAGGACACUCCCAAGAAAUGGGGCGAGAUUGCUUCACUCCUCGAAGGUCGAACCUAUAAAGACUGCAUCCAUCAUUACUAUGCCAACAAGUGGGACGGACGAUUCAGAGACAAUAGGACGAAGAAGUUCAAGGGCGGUCGCAGAGGCAGGGGUGGUAAAGCCUCCCGGCCAUCUCGUGGCUCUGCGCUCAUGGCUGAUUUGAAUCGCGGCGAAGAUGUAGCUCAGACUACCGACACCACUACUGGGAGACCAAAACGCGCGGCAGCACCCACCACUUUUGGUGAACGCGAGAUCGAAGCCAAGGGCACUCUUGUCGGUCCAUCGCCUGCCAAAAAGCCCGGGACUGGUUCAAACAAGGAUGCCAACGGAGAAGAAAAGCCCGCCAAGAAGCAACGGCGCACUGGAGAGGGCAAACCUGGCAGAAAGGGCAAAACUCAACUCGCGCCAUUGGCAGCGGCAGCCCCAGGCAUGUCACCUCACAAACCACCACCUCCGCAGCCAAAGGAUGAGUUUGCAAGACUCAAUGGGCCAAGCCUCGAGGAGGCUGGCUUGCUAGCUAACUUUCAGGGCGCUCCGCGCACCAUGAUGCAGCACGAAACGCUCCCUAUGUUUGCGCAGGAACCCAUGCACCCGCAUAUGCUGAUGGAAGAUGUUGAAUCUGGCCGGCUCCCUGUUCAGCCUGCGAAACAGAGCGCGUCCAGUUACUGGUCAGUCCCAGAGCAGACUGAUUUCGCCAAGUACAUUGCCCACUUUGGAACCGACUUCGCCGCUAUCGCAAAUCACAUGGGGACGAAGACUCAAACAAUGAUCAAGAACCACUUCCAGCGUCAAGUCGAUGGCGGACGCGCCGAUCUUGCUGAGCAGGCGGAACAUGCAGACCAACGUAGAGCCCGAGGAGAGGAUAUGGGUCCUCCGCCGACACCGACCCCCAUCACCAAAAGGAAGUACGACAACCCACAAACGAGCACCCCGCGUGCACUUGCCCCGCAGACAGAUGCAAUGGAUGUGGAGGAGCCUCCAGGAGGACCGAGGCCGCCAAUUGCACACCAAGCGUCGCCACCGCAGCUCCAGACCAAACCACGUUACACAGGCUCUGCGCACGGAACUCCCAUCCAAGCACAGCGCGUGGUGCCCAGCCCUAUGCUUCCGGUCGCCACUCCAGCAUCGACAAUGCCACCCAAUAUGCCGAUGAAUCGUGGUGGACUCCAGCAUCCCUUGGGUCCUCGGUUUGGUCUGCUGGCAGAGACUCGAGCCGAACCUCGACCGAACAUGCAGCCAACUUCGAUGUUUCGAGUUGGCCAAGAAGGUGGACCACCGCCACCACGCAGCCAACCACCUCCUCCACAGCUCACACGCACACUGUCCAACGCGCCACCGCCUGAAUUCCUGCAGUCUAUGGAGCAGAAUCUCCAUGCUGAACAAAGUCGGGCCUUGCGUAUGCAGGCACACAACGAGCACGAAGCGCGCAUGGAACAUCAGCAGCAACGUCCGCAACAAAGCAUACCACACACACAUGGCUCCCCAGUGAACAUGAAUCUUCCACAGAGCUCCACCGCCAUGCCGGCGCAAGAGCGCAGGCGAGAUUUUGAGGAGCGCGUCGGCACACCUGCACGUAGCGGGUUUCCUGGGUUGUCUUCUCGACCAGCUCUCGUCAAUCCCAAUCCAUCAGCAGGUUCUGGUCCGCAAUUCGGGAUGUCUGCAAUGUCUGCAUUAGGGCGAGGGCCAUACAAUCCUUCCCCUACAAAGCACGAAACGCCGCGUCCUGGAUCCGGAUCCACAGGCACACCGUUCCAGCAACCUCCGAUGCCCUCAAAUGUGCCUACUCCCGCACCUGAGCCGCCUAAGAAGUCAAACCUGAUGUCGAUCCUCAACUCCGAACCAGAAGAGACCAAACCAGCUGUGAAGAGGGAUAGCCUACCUUCUGCAUCGACAACUCGCGUCGCUUCGCCGGCUCCACCGUACAGCUCAGCACCUACUCCACAGCCCAUGACGAACAUGCCGCCAACGAGGAGAGAGACUUUUGGGCAGCCAAAUGCACCGCAUUCUCAGUUCCAACGCGGACCUUUCGGACAGUCUGUUUCCACGCCUGGUCCAUCUCCUGCUACUCUUAAGCAAGAACCAUCGAAUGGAACGACGUCAACAUUGCAGCAAGCUCCGAAGCACGAGUGGCAGCCCCGGAUGUCUCAUGCUUCUCAACCAAGCCCACCGGCGCCUGCGCCGUUGGAUCGUGAUCUCAGGGAUUCGCGAUCCGGCUAUCCCUUUUCGAAUCACCGUACAAUGUUCUCGGGUCUCAAUCCACCUGCUCGGGCGAAUCCUUCACCGCCACCAAGCAUGCUUGGUCAUUCAAGGACACCUUCGUUGACGCAGACUGGCGCCCCGAGGGAAUCUGCACGAUCAGUGCACGUCGGUGGGUCUACAGUCACGCCAGCUCCACUGAGCUCGCUUCAGUACGGUCGACCAGAUUCAAUCCCGCCAUUCUCUCAAGCUCCGCCACAGUCCACGAAUCGUGCUCACCAUUCUCACAACAACUCGAUUUCCCAAGGCGGCUCCAUAUUGGAGCGCUUUCACGGAGGUCAAAGCUACCUUGCGCGCGAAGAAGCACGACGGGAGGAGGAACGGGUAGUAUACCAAUCUCGUGUUGUCGCGGAUCAAGAAAGAGCCAAUGCCAUACAGCGAGAGCGCGAGCGUGAGGCGUACCAUCGGCAGGCCGAGGCAGAGCAACACGAACUUCGACAACGGGAAGCAUAUUCGCAGAGACAACCGAUGCAUCACCAGCACAUGCAAGGUUUCGGAGGCAACCCUUUUAGCAGCGGGCGGCAAUCUCUAGGCGGCAUGAGCCUUCGUGACAUGGCAGCGCGGGACGCAGAAGUUGCCAUGCAAGAACGGCACCGAGAACAGCUCGAGCAUGAACGCAGGCGAGUCGGCGACCAGGGUCCUCCUCCGCCUUUUGGUCGAGAACGAGAUGCUCCUCCACCAGGACCUCCUGUGGAUCGAUACGGACAACGACCUCCACCGCUGGUCGACGAACGGCAGCCGUUGUUUAGAAGACAGACGCCGCAAAACGGUGGCGCAUAUGGAUUUCCGCCACCGGGACCUCCGCCAGGUAGACGAUAGAGACUCCCUUUUCCUUGGGCGCGUGUACGAAUACAGACAAUUGUGAGAUGCGUUCAACUUUAUGUCCGAUGAACGUUUGAGACUUUUCUGCUUGUGUCAUUGAAUACCCCCUUUGGCUUGGUUUUUGGUCUUGUGAUAUGGCAUAGACAAAGCAGGUUUAGAAACGAGCAGUGAAAUUAUUGCAUGGAAUAUGGAUAUGAGUCGAUAGGUGGUAGACUGGGGUGGUAGUGGUGGAUGAUCAUGUGUAGAAGACGAAUGAAGA